AUGGCUGACAACGCCCCACCAGCGACUUCAACUUCGCUUCCUCCCCCUCCCCAUCAGUCAUCUGCCGGUGCUCCAGGCCAGCAGCAGCAGCAACAGCAGGGACAGCAACAGCAGUUCGACAACUCCCAGGGAAAUGGACAGACAAACCCGUCACACAUGCCACCGCCACCGCUGCCGCCGGUUGUCAUUCCGCAAAACACCAAUCCGAUUCCGACGGCAAUCACCUCGCCCAUGUCAGGCAACAUGAUGUCGCCCACCGCGGCUGGCGGUUAUGUGCGUCGUUCUGCUCCGGAGCCCAACAAGCGAGCGCUUUAUGUUGGUGGCCUUGAUCCUCGCGUCACAGAAGACAUCUUGAAACAGAUUUUUGAGACCACUGGCCAUGUCCAGAGUGUUAAGAUCAUCCCCGAUAAGAAUGUGAGUCAACGCCUUUUACUACUUUACCUCUCAGAUCUAUAUCUCUUCUUUGUCUUAUAUGUUUAUCUCAACCUUAUUACUUCUGCUCUUCUUCUAGUUAUUUUCCAGAGCAAAGGCCUGAACUAUGGCUUCAUAGAAUAUGAUGACCCUGGUGCGGCAGAGCGUGCGAUGCAGACUCUUAAUGGCCGCCGUGUUCAUCAAUCAGAAAUCCGCGUUAAUUGGGCUUAUCAGUCCAACACCGCUUCCAAAGAAGACACCUCAAGCCACUUCCACAUCUUUGUCGGUGACCUGAGCAACGAAGUCAAUGAUGAGGUUCUCCUUCAGGCUUUCUCUGCCUGUGGUUCAGUCUCCGAGGCUCGUGUAAUGUGGGACAUGAAGACUGGUCGAUCUCGUGGCUACGGGUUCGUUGCUUUCCGUGAAAGAGCUGAUGCUGAAAAGGCCCUCAGUUCCAUGGAUGGCGAGUGGCUUGGUUCUCGUGCUAUCCGCUGCAACUGGGCCAACCAAAAGGGCCAACCUUCCAUCUCCCAACAACAAGCCAUGGCUGCCAUGGGCAUGACGCCUACUACUCCGUUUGGCCACCACCAUUUCCCUACCCACGGCGUCCAGAGCUACGACAUGGUUGUCCAGCAGACUCCCCAAUGGCAGACCACCUGUUACGUCGGAAACCUCACCCCCUAUACUACCCAGAACGACCUCAUCCCAUUGUUCCAGAACUUCGGUUACGUUGUUGAGACCCGCUUCCAGGCCGACCGUGGCUUCGCUUUCGUGAAGAUGGAUACCCACGAGAAUGCUGCCAUGGCCAUCUGCCAGCUCAACGGCUACAACGUCAACGGCCGUCCUCUCAAGUGUAGCUGGGGUAAGGACCGUCCGCCAACCGGCCAAUUUGACGCAUAUUCGCCUCAGCAGAGUGGAAACCCGGCCUUCAACUCUGGUACUUCGCCAUACUUCCCUCAAUAUGGCGGCCCGGGUGGCCCAAUGACUCCUCAAGGUGGGAUGCCACCAGCCCAGGGCUACCCUCAAGUCCAAGUUCCUGUGCAGGGAGGUCCAGGAGGCCCAGGAGGCCCUGGAGGGCCUGGUGCCGCCUCUGCCGGCUACGGCCGUGGCCAGUCCAACCCUCCUUCUGCCGGAUGGGCUCAACAACCUAACAACGGCGUUGGUGUUGGCGGUGCUGGUGGAAACUUUGGUAACGGUUUCGGUGGUUAUCAGACUUAA